GCAGGCGCGGAAGGUGCAGGCGCAGUGCGGCGGAGCGGCAGUGCCGCGUGCGGGUGGCAUGUCUGCCCUCCGCUGGGGCCGCGGCGCGGCGGGGCUCCGGAGGGCCCUGUGGCCGGCGGGCCGCCAUGGCCUCCUGGCGGAGGAAGGGACCCUUGGUGUCAUUGGGGGCCGGAGAAGAAGUUUGUCUGCCAGCCCUUGUGAGCAGGACCGCAGGAAGGACUGGGGCCAUGUUGAGCUGCUGGAAGUGCUUGAGGCGAGGGUGCGCCAGCUGCAGGCCGAGAGCGAGGCGGAGGUGACAGUGAAGAAGGUGGCCAUGGCUCAGGCCUCGGAGGCUGGUGGCAUCCAGCCACCUAGGAAGGCCCAAGUGGGGGCUGGUGACCGCUGGGCGCAGAAACUAGAUGAGGAGCAGCGGCUGAUGGAGAGGCGCAAGGAGCAGCUGCGGGAGAGAAUGCAAAAGGGUGGCAAGCGGCUGUGGCGGGUGGAGCUGCGUAAGGAGCCCCGGCUGCUGAGCAGGAAGCUGGCGAAGCAGCUGCAGCGCUGGCAGAAGGGGACCCCCCAAAGCCCCUGGGAGGAGCAGCUGGAGCAGUUGCUACAGGAGGCCCCGCAGAGGCUGAGCUGCAAAGAAGCCAGUAGGGAUCCUGAGGCGAAGCUGGAGGGCCAGCAGCAGAAGCUCCUGUCCUUCUUAGAGUGCUGCCUGCACACGGGCCACCUGCCUCUUGCCCACCACGUGCUGGUCACCUACCACAGCAGGUCCCAGCAGCAGCAGCUGCUAACUCUCGCCAUGUACAAUGCGGUCAUGCUGGGCUGGGCGCGUGAGGGCUCCUUCAAAGAGCUGGUGUAUGUGUUCUUCAUGGUGAAAGAUGCCGGGCUCACCCCUGAUCUGCUGUCCUACGCAGCUGCUCUGCAGUGCAUGGGGCGUCUGGACCAGGAUACAGACACCAUCCGAAGGUGUCUGAAGCAGAUGGCCCAAGACGGGCUGCAGCUAGAGGGGCUCUUCACGUCUGUGCUGCUGCGCGAGGAGGAGCGGGCCGAGCUGCUGAAGGCUGUGCGCAAGGCCAAGCCCACCUUCAGCGUCCCGUGCCCACGCCCGCCUCCACCCCAGGUCAAUACCUCGCCGCUGCUCCGGGAGAUCUAUGCCAAGCCCAAUUGCACUGUGUCCUACCCGAGGCUGCACCUGCCUCUUGAGAAGUUGCAGGAGCUCUUCCAGCAGCAGCUCAGCAUGGAGCUGGCCACCACUGUCACUGUGGAAUCGGUGGAAAAGGCACCGCCACUGACCAAGGAGGUUCUGCACGCGCGGCAGACACUGACCAUCCUCCGUGCCCAAUGGGAGAAGGCGCUGUGCCGAGAGCUGCAGGAGACCAAGGAGAGUGAGGCCUACGCUGCCCAUGAAGGCCGCUCAUCGCUCUUCCCGUACCUGUGCCUGCUCAGCGAGAAGGAGCUUGUGGAGAUGCUGUUGCAGACCCUGCAGGUUCUGCCUGCACAUGGAGAGUCCCUUUUCUACCUGGCGCACAGGCUGGGUCAGCGCGUCUUCAACCGGCACAUGGUACAGAGAAAGCAGCUCAGCAACCAGGUGCAGGUGCUGGAGAAGCAGUACUCCAAGUACCUGCACCUGCUGGCCUCUGACACCCAGGUGGCGGAGCCCUGCCUGCCACGGCAGUACUGGGAGGCACUGGGGCUUCCUGAGUACCCCCAAGAACAGCCCUGGUCCCUGUCUGUGCUGGUGCAACUAGGCAAGAGGCUGGCAGAGAUGCUGGUGCAGGCUGUGCGGAUGCCCAGCAACCUGGCUACGCCCCGGGACUCCAACACACUCAUCCCCGUGCUCUAUCACGUCUACUCCUUCCGUAGCUUCCGCCAGAUCGGGAUCCUGAAGCCACACCCAGCCUUCAGGCAGCUGCUGGAGACGGCAGCAGAAGGCACACUGACCUUCGAGUCAACCGAGGUGCCCAUGCUGUGCCCGCCACUGCCUUGGACAUCCCCCCAUUCCGGUGCCUUCCUACUGAGCCCCACCAAGAUGAUGCGUUCAGUGGAGGGCACCCAGCAGCACCAGGUCCUGCUGGAGCGCUGCCGGCCCGCUGAGCUGCAUGGUGCCCUGGACGCCCUCACCCAGCUGGGCAAUUGUGCCUGGCAGGUCAAUGGACCUGUGCUGGACCUGGUGCUGGAGCUCUUCAACAACAAGGGCUGUCCCCAUCUGGGCGUGCCUGCCCCACCCCUUGAGGCCCCCCGGCCUCCUGAGGGCCGCCAGGCCCCCGACGCCUGCCUGCAACCAAAUGUGCUGCCCACCCAGAAGGCCGAGCUGCGGCGGGAGCUGGCGCGCCGCCUGAAGAUGGCGCGGGAGAUGCACAGCCUGCGAACUGAGGCACUCUACCGCCUCUCGAUGGCCCAGCACCUGCGGGGUCGCAUCUUCUGGCUGCCGCACAACAUGGACUUCCGCGGCCGGACCUACCCCUUCCCACCCCACUUCAACCACCUGGGCAGCGACCUGGCCCGCGCCCUGCUGGAGUUUGCCCAGGGCCGCCCGCUCGGCCCUCAGGGCCUCGACUGGCUCAAGAUCCACCUGGUCAACCUCACAGGGCUGAAGAAGCACGAGUCGCUGCAGGCACGCCGGGACUUGGCAGAUGAGCUGAUGGAGGACAUCCUGGACUCGGCCGACCGGCCCAUGACGGGCCGGAAGUGGUGGAUGGAGGCGGACGAGCCCUGGCAAACCCUGGCCUGCUGCAUGGAGAUCGCUCGGGCGGUGCGUGCCCCUGACCCCACUGCCUAUGUCUCCCACUUCCCGGUUCACCAGGAUGGCUCCUGUAACGGCUUGCAGCACUACGCCGCCCUGGGCCGGGAUAGCGCAGGGGCCGCCUCUGUCAACCUGAUGCCCUCGGACCUGCCGCAGGACGUUUACAGCGGGGUGGCUGCACAGGUGGAGGUGUUCCGCAGGCAGGAUGCCGAGCAGGGCAUGCGGGUGGCACAAGUGCUGGAGGGCUUCAUCAGCCGCAAGGUGGUCAAGCAGACGGUGAUGACCGUGGUGUACGGGGUCACCCGCUACGGGGGCCGCCUGCAGAUCGAGAGGCGCCUCCGGGAGCUCCAGGACUUCCCCCAGGAGUUUGUGUGGGAGGCCUCGCACUACCUUGUACGCCAGGUGUUUAACAGCCUCCAGGAGAUGUUCUCUGGCACCCGGUCCAUCCAGCGCUGGCUGACUGACAGUGCCCGGCUCAUCGCCCACAUGGGCUCGGCUGUGGAGUGGGUCACGCCGCUGGGCAUCCCCAUCAUCCAGCCCUACCACCGCGACUCCAAGGUCACAAUCAAAGGUGGGCUUCAGAACCUCAGCUUCAACAGCAGUGUGGACACCAGCCAGAAGCCCAACACGCUGAAGCAGAAGAACGGCUUCCCGCCCAACUUCAUCCACUCGCUGGACUCCUCACACAUGAUGCUCACGGCCCUGCACUGCUACAGAAAGGGCCUGACCUUUGUCUCUGUCCACGACUGCUUCUGGACCCACGCAGCUGAUGUUGCGGUCAUGAACCAGGUGUGCCGAGAGCAGUUUGUCCAGCUGCACAGCCAGCCCAUCCUCCAUGACCUGUCCAGGUUCCUAAGGAAUCGGUUCUGCUCUGACCCCAGGGCCUCUAAGAAUAUCUGGGCCUCCAGGCUGAUGGACACACUGCUAUCAGUGCCCAAGCCAGGGACCUUCGACCUGGAGCAGGUGAAGCACUCCACAUACUUCUUCAGCUGACCGACCACCUCCGGGGCAGGGCACCCUGUACCAUAGUGUAAAUAAAAUCUUGUCUCCA